AUGUUGCAGAGAGAAGAAGAUGAACAAGUUGUCAUAGCAAUAGCUUUGCUAGAUGAAAAGAACCAAGGUCGCCGUCAUGAUUCACAAGUCGGCCGUGGCCCGAAUGUGGACAGACAUAGGCAUUCUCGGGUCAUGCAUGAUAUUUACAAUUAUGAUGCAUACUUUGUUCAAAAGUGUGAUGCUGCUGAGGUGGAUGAGAUUGUCCGGAUGGGGAAGUCCACUACAUUGGAGGCCUUGGUAAGAUUUUGUGAUGCAGUCGAAACUCUGUACACUAAAGACUACCUGCGCAGACCCACUCCCAGGGACCUCCGACGGCUUCUACAAAAAGCCGAAGCUUGA